AUGUUCUGCGGGAGUACGGUCGAUACUAUCGACGAUUCUCUUCCGGAGCGGGGCAUUGUUCGAAAUGCUAACGACCUUCUUGUUCACACGACACAUGUGUGGGUCCGCUUCGAUGUAUUGACUGGGUCAGCUCGACCGGGUCUACCAUCCACCCGCCACUCCAUCCAACCGCUGCCACAUCGUCUUACGGGUUCGGGGCGGCGGCGCAUCGGGUUCGAGAUGAAACCCACGAAUGCUUUGUUCCUCUUUACUAUUGUGGCAUUUGCAGUGAUCGCUGUCUCGGCCAAUACCCCAUCCGAAAAGAAAACCGAAGAACUGCUCGACUCUGCUAACAAUAUCACGACCGCCAAAAACGACUCUUCCACCGAACCGUCGCCCUUCUCGCAAGUCGUCGACUUCACGCGCGCUCUCUUCCAGAAUGUUCGUGACGUUGUGGUGAAGGCUUUUGACACGGUGAAGCAGGCGCUGAAGAAGGAAGAAGCCGAAGAUGAGAAGAAGCAACCGGAAGAAGCGAAACACCCGAAAUUGGCGGAUGACGACCGGGCGGACGGCGGAGAGAAAAAGGCGACUGGCACACCGGCGAAAUCGAGG